CAGUCCUCACAACCGUCCUCGGAGGCAGGCCCAAAGACACUCGUCCAGUUUCACGACCAGUCUUGGGAGGCGGCGCGAAACGAAGCCACCAUUUGAGGGUCGUGACUGAGGGAGGAUUUGAACCCGAGACCCGGCCAAGGCCAGGGGCGGAGGCGACAGGUUUAGCCCAGCUGAGAGGGUUAGAAGGCCGUCUGCCUGCCUCUCUGGCUCCUCAGCGGAGAGUCCCCCGUCUCGGCGGAAAGGGGAAGCGGGCGCUCGACGCCACCGGGCAGGCAAAGCAAAGAAGCGAGCGCUCAGGAACGGGCGCCCCUUCCGGCACCGCCCGCCUGCCCCGUCGGUUGCGGCGCCGGCGGCAGCAGCAGCAGCAGCAGCUCGGUCUUCCCCUCAGAGGCGACCAUGGUGGAGCUGAACCGAGCCUUCCCGCGCACCCUGAGGGGAGCCUUAAAGAUAGCGCGCAUGGUCUUUGCUUUCAUGGCAGCCAUCACUUUCGGAGUUGGAGGAAUCCAUGAAGCAUAUCUAACACUUGCAAUCAUAGAAUUUGUCAUUUCUUUAUUAUUCUUUUUACUCUAUCUGCUAAGUCUCCAAAAAACACUGAAGUUUUUGUUUUGGCCCUUGGCUGAUGCUUUCAACUCUCUGGUAUCAGCGCUAUUUCUCCUCAUUGCAGGCCUGUGCGCAGCGAUAAAGAAGAUAAUAAUUGAACAUAUAGUUGGGGGAGUGUUUUUCCUGAUCCUCUGUGUUCUUUGUAUAGUAGAUGCUGCCUUUCUGUUGAAGAACAUUACUUUCAAUAGGCCAGUACCAGGACGGGACAUUAUCCACAGAUAGAAGGACCAGCAAGCUAAAUCUAACAUAGAAUUCAUUUGGAAUGUUUCUUGGGCAAUAAGCUGUUUAUGUCAUAUUUUCUUUGAAUUUUCAAAAAAUGUACAAGCAUGAUUCAACCAUUCAAGAACUUUUAAAUACUGCUGAUGUCAUUUAAGCAUGUGCCGAAAAUCAGUGUGAUUUCAGCCAAUUUCAGUCUUCUUAUAUAGUUUUUUAUUGUAUAGUUCUUUUUAAAAUUUGUUCACUUUUUACUUGUAUAAGCAACGUUUAAAUAAA